AAGUGGGCCACGGAAAUAUUGCAUUAGCUUCUCGUAUGACGUGGGUUCAGGACUGUCAGUUUGGGUUGCAGGGAUUCCAAACUUAAACACGUUCAAGUGUUUAUGUACUUGGAUUCUAAACUCAGGUGCUUAGAUAUCUCUUUCCGUGUUAAACACAAUCAGGGUUAUUAUAUGGAUUAUGCCAGCUUAGGUGUGAUGAAGUGUUUUGAGUGUGGAGAUGAGGAAAUCUGUACUCUGUCCUAGAUAGCCUGGAGAGGGCGCUCUAGGAUUUGCUCGAGACUCAUCAGAAACCAAACAAAACAACACUCACUUCCUGGCGGGAUUCAAACAGCAAGCUGCUUUAAAUGAGCACGGGAAUUUUAGAAUUAAGUAACAAAUAUGAAAAAGGAGACCUCCGAAAUUUUUUGCAUUAUUGCAAAUAAAACGAAUGAUGUUAUAAUCAUAAGCACCGAAUAAAAACUCGGGGCAGAAAUUGUUUGAGGAUAUAGUUAAAAGUGUUGAAUUGUUCAUAUAUCCGACGGACCUUGAAGGGGACAUCAUGCAAACAGAAUCCGCGACAUUUUAACUGCGAAUUUGUGACGGACAAGAGCAUGUGUUAGUAACUAAGAUAAACUAUUUAUAGCUAGCAAGCACUCCCUUAAAGCGUUUUUUAAUUUUAUGUAAUUAAAUUCUUAAAAUAACUUCAGUAAAACCUUAUUAAUUCCUAAGUUGUAAUAUAAUAGCUUGGCAUAUUGUGAAGCCGGAGUGAGAUUUGCACUCUGUUUUAACGUCAACUCGGGAUACUUGUAAAGUUAAGGUGAUUUUUUUUUUUUAUCAGUCUUUGGGAUUAGUGCUGGUUUGACAUCCCGCACAUGGACAACACCAGUUUAGAUCAGACGGUGGAGACUGUGGGGCAGAAUGAGGGUCCGGCUGCUGAGGAUUACCCAGCACAAGAAGACACCUCACCAGCAGACAUGCUGAGAAUCAAGCAGCAGAUGGCGAACCAGUGUUUUGAGAUGACUGUGCAGCUCAACGCAGGAAAAAGCAAGCGGCCCUGCAGCACUUCUCAGGCAGAAAGAGAGCUGCCAGACUGCGUCUCGGAGCUUGAACAUGUGAAGACGGUCCAUUUCAACAGCACCCUGGCUCUGCACAGAAUCCAGAUGUGGAACGCUAUAGGAGAAAAAAUGAAGCAGACGGAUCCAGAUGCAACAGACCUGAAGGCUGUGAGUGCUCGCUGCAUGGCUCUGUGUUCGCAGAUAAAACGGCUCCAGAUAGAGACCAGAAAUCUGCAAGAUGAAAUUACAGAAAUACAGAAGGAGAGACUGGAGAUUAAACGACUCACACAUGAAAAAAUGAAAGAGACGCAGGAGUUAUUGUCCAACAAAGAGCAGCCAGACUCAGAAAAGUACAAAGCGGUGCUGGAGAAAGGCCAAGUGAACGUGGAGACUUAUAAGAAGAUGAUCAUAAUGGCACAGAAUGUCCUCAGGGGCAUCCUGUUGGCGUGUAAAGUUAACUGGCUGGAUGAGCCCAACCUCCGUGAAAUUGUAAUGACGUUGGAGGACUUUCCUAUCUCUGACUAGAGCAAACGUUAAUUUAUCUCAAUUGUAUGUUUUUAGUAUUGUGUUAUUUAAUAAAAAUGUGUCAAACCCC